CCAUCCUAAAGGUAGAUUGCGCACGCGAGAAGCUUUGGCAAAGUCAUAUAGUCCUUUAUUUAAUCGAACGCUGGAUCCAGAGACUGAAGUUAUUACUUCUGCUGGUGCCAAUGAAGGUUUAUAUGCUAUUUUUGCUGGUUUUUUGGAUGAUGGGGAUGAAGUUAUAUUGAUUGAACCUUUUUUUGACCAAUACAUUGCGAACAUCACAAUGAAUGGCGGUGUGCCCGUGUACGUACCAUUACGACCACAUGGCGAUACAAAUGAAAUCAUGUCUUCUCGAGAUUGGAAAUUGGAUAUUAAUGAAUUAAGAUCAAAAAUUACGCCGAGAUCUAAAAUACUUGUAUUUAAUACUCCUCAUAACCCUGUUGGUAAAGUAUUCUCUGAAGAAGAAAUGCUAGAAAUUGCACAAGUGGUAAAAGAACAUAACUUGUUACUAGUUAGCGAUGAAGUAUAUGACCGCCUUUAUUAUAAACCUGAUGUUCAUGAACGCAUAGCGAAUUUGCCGGGAUUAUGGGAACGCACCAUUACUGUUGGAAGUGGUGGUAAAACUUUUGGUACAACUGGAUGGCGUGUCGGGUGGUCGAUAGGUCCUAAAAAUUUAAUAAAAACCGUACUUGCAGCGCAGACUAGAAUAGUCUUUUGUGUCAAUUCACCACUUCAAGAAGCCAUAGGGAUAUCAAUUGAAGAAGCUGAUACACAUGACUACUAUGAAAAGAACAUCGCGUUAUAUGAACAAAGGCGCGAAAAAUUAUGUAAAGCAUUAUCAGAUGCAGGGCUUCCAUACACAAUUCCUCAAGGUUCUUAUUUUAUUUUGGCUAAUACGAAACGAAUUAAUAUACCGGAAAAUUACGAAUACCCUGAAGUUCUAAACGGUCGGCCAAGAGAUUUUAAAGUAUGUUAUUGGAUGGCAAAAGAAAUUGGUGUAGUAGCAAUUCCACCCAGUGAAUUUUAUAGUGAAGAGAAUAGACAUCUUGGAGAGGAUUAUGCACGAUUUGCGUUUUGUAAAACAGAUGAAACACUAGAAGCAGCUGCGAAAGCUUUAUUGAAAUUGAAGAAAUACAUUAAAUGA